AUGGGCGACCAAGAACCCACCCCCGAGAACAUGACCAUGAUGCAGGGCUUCGAAUGGUACGUGCCCGCCGACCAGAAGCAUUGGGUGCGUCUGGAGAAGCAUGUGCCGCAGCUCAAGGCAUGGGGCAUCGACAACAUCUGGGUGCCUCCGGGAUGCAAGGGAUCCUCCAAGGAGGGCAACGGAUACGACAUUUACGACCUCUACGAUCUCGGCGAGUUCGACCAGAAGGGUUCCGUUGGCACGAAAUGGGGCACCAAGGAGGAGCUCCUGAAGCUCGCCAGCACAGCCAAGGAGAACGGCGUCGGCCUCUACUGGGACGCGGUGCUGAACCACAAGUUCGCUGCCGACCGCAAGGAGAAGUGUCUCGCGGCCGAGGUCGACGCCAACGACCGCAACAAGUUCGUGUCGGACAAGUACGAGAUCCAGGCGUGGGUCGGCUACGACUUUCCCGGGCGCAAGGACAAGUACAGCAAGAUGAAGUACCAUUGGUACCACUUCAGCGGCGUCGACUUCAACGCCGCCAACGACAAGACGGCCAUCUACAAGAUCAUGGGCGACAAGUCGCAGGGGUGGGCCGACACGCCGGACGUGGACGACGAGAAGGGCAACUAUGAUUUCCUCAUGGGCUCCGAUCUCGACUACGACCACCCCGAAGUCGUCGAGGACGUCAUCAACUGGGGCAAGUGGCUGGCAAAGGAGAUGCCCCUCAAGGGCAUCCGCUUCGACGCCAUCAAACAUUACAGCACAGACUUCCUGCGCAAGUUCAUCACGACGCUCGACGAGGAGUUUGGCCAGGGGUGGUUCUUCGUGGGCGAGUUCUGGAAGGACAGCCUCGACGACAUGACCGACUACCUGGCGCGCAUGGGCAAAAAGUUCUCCCUGUUCGACGCCCCGCUCGUCUACAACUUUAGCCAGAUCAGCAAGUCCGAGGGCGCCGACCUGCGCAAGGUCUUUGACGACACGCUCGUGCAGAAGGAGCCCGUCAACGCAGUGACGCUGGUCAUGAACCACGACACGCAGCCCUACCAGGCCCUCGAGGCCCCCAUCGAAGGCUGGUUCAAGCCGCUCGCGCACGCCUUCAUCCUCCUCCGCAGCGAGGGCUACCCCUGCGUCUGGUACGGCGACCUCUACGGCAUCAAGGGCGAGCACCCCUUCCCGCCCUCGUGCGGCGGCAUCGUCCCGCGCCUGACCCUCGCCCGCAAGCUCUACGCCUACGGCAAGCAGGCCGACUACUGGGACUUUGCCACGUGCGUCGGCUGGGUGCGCUACGGCACCUGGGACCGCCCCGCCGGCUGCGCCGUCGUGCUCAGCAACGCCGGCGCCGGCGAGAAGAGGAUGCACGUCGGCGAGGUCCACGCCGGCGAGGUGUGGACCGACGUCCUCGGCUGGAGCGACCGCGAGGUCGUUAUUGGCGACGACGGCUUUGGCGUCUUUGUCUGCGGUCAGACGUCCGUCAGCGUCUUUGUGAACCGCGAGGCCGAGGGAAGAGACAAGUUUGGCGGCGAAUUUGAUACCAACAUCUAUGAAGAGUAG